AUGGUGACUAAUUUUUUGUUCUUUUUUGUUUCUUUGCUGAAUUUUAUUACAACAGAAAGUCUCCUUGUUAAUAUCACUAUACUUCAAACUGCCGUUGCAAAAGGAGCUGUUUGCUUGGAUGGAACUCCACCAGCAUACCAUCUUGAUAGAGGAUCAGAUACAGGAGUAAAUAAUUGGGUAAUAUCAGUUGAGGGAGGUGGAUGGUGCCAAAAUGUUGCACAAUGUCUGCUGAGGAAGAAUAGUAAGUUGGGAUCUAGUGCAAAAAUGGAAAAACAAGUUCUUUUCUCUGGGAUGUUGAGUAAUGAUCAGAAAUUUAAUCCAGAAUUUUACAAUUGGAAUAGAGUUUUUGUUAGAUAUUGUGAUGGAGGAUCUUUCACAGGAGAUGUUGAAGCAAUUGAUCCUGGUACUGGGCUUCAUUACAGAGGGGCAAGAAUAUUCAAAGCUAUUAUGGAGGCAUUGUUGGCCCAGGGAAUGAAGAAAUCUCAAAAUGCUAUACUCUCUGGAUGCUCAGCUGGAGGAUUGACAACAAUCUUGCAUUGUGACAACUUCAGAGCUUUAUUAUCAAAGAAUAUUAAAGUUAAAUGCUUUUCAGAUGCUGGUUAUUUUGUUGACAUCAAGGAUAUUUCAGGGAAAGCAUUUAUUGAAAAAUACUUCAACGAUGUUCUCACUUUACAUGGCUCCGCCAAGAAUUUGCCUCCAUCAUGUACUUCAAAGUUGAAAUUGGGUUUGUGUUUUUUCCCUCAAAAUGUGGCUCAACAAAUUCAAACGCCACUUUUCAUUAUAAAUUCAGCCUAUGAUGAUUGGCAGAUAAGGAACAUUUUGGUGCCUCCUGGUACUGAUCCUAAGGGUGUAUGGAAGAGCUGCGGAGCUAAUAUAAAAUAUUGCACACAAGAUCAGCUCAAAGUUCUUCAAGGUUUCAGAGUGAAUUUUUUGAAGGCAUUGGAAGGGCUAGGGCAAUCUUCAACAAGAGGAUAUUACAUCAACUCUUGCUUUUCACAUUGCCAAACUCAAAAACAAGCUUAUUGGUUUGGUCCCAAUUCACCUAGAUUAUUCAACAAGACAAUAGCUGAAGCAGUAGGAGAUUGGUUUUUGGAUAGAAAUCAAUUUCGACAGAUUGAUUGCCCUUAUCCUUGUGACAAAACAUGUGUUUAAUUAUAUGUCUUUUGCUUUGAGCUUUGAUAUGGAGAUUGUGAUAUAGGAAGAAGGAUAACUAGUUCUUUGGAUCAAUGGAAUUGUAUCAUCAUCAUAAAAAUGAGAAAUUUAUACAUUUAUUUGG